GCUCGGCACUCGAGAGCCAAGAACACAGGCCAAGCUACUCGCAGCUCGUCCUCAUGGCUUCAAAAGCUUUGGCAAGACUGUGGCGGCCACUCGCCGGCGCUCGCCCUUUCACCACUGCGACGCAGCCGAAGUUGCGCCCCGUUGCCUUGCCAUUCGUCGAGCACCUCGGCUUCUCCGAGUCCAAGCGAAGAAAGGCGGAGUUUGUGCCGGUGUACGUGGCGCUAGGUCUGAUCUUGACGUCGACGUCGCUGGGGCUCCACAUAGCGAUGCAGCAGCUCCGCCACGCGCCCAACGUCCUUGUGAGAAAGAAUAAGCGGGAGACGCUGCCGGAGGUGGUCGACCCGGACUGGGCCGCUGACAAGGCCGAGCGCUUCAUCUCCAGCUCCAUCUUCCGCCGGGUGGCGCAACUGCAGGACUUCGACGCCGUCCGUGCCGGUAUCUCCGAUCCCACCAGAGAAACCAACGCGAAAAAGCACGUGGUGACGCUGAAGACGGUUGGAGUUGAUCCGAUCGCAAUUUCCACGCAAACUUGAACUACUAAAUAACGUUGUUCGAUUAUGUAAAUAUAUAACAAGUUCAUCGCUGUGAGCUCCACUUUGUUGUGUUAUGUAAAUAGAUGCAAGCUACUCGCUGUGCGUUGUUAGGGAAACUAAAUUCGAGCUAUUUCCUGCGU